AUGAGCGCCGUGGAAGAAAGAACCGCUGAGAAAAGGCCACUGAACGACAAGGAUGACAGCAACGAGGUCGCCGUAAAGGAGCCCAGGCUAGAGAAUGGAAAGACAGAGGACGAGGUGGACGUGAUCAAGCAGAAGGCGACCAAGGGUGAGUGUUUGUUGAAGUUACAUCGGAUUCGUCGCCAUCUGCGACGCAUCGUGAUGACCCACGAGCAUCUACGUUCAUCACGACGGCAACCUGUCGUGUCGCGACACCAUAUAGAAGCCGUCGAUGGUGAAGAGGAAGACGAUGAUGAAGACGUCGAUGAUGAGGAAGUUCAUGAUGAAUCGUCUGAAGGUGAAGGAGAAGGGUCAGAAGGUGAAGGUGAUGAUGACGAAGGAGAUUCUGGCGAGGAAGAGGAUGGAGAUGACGCUGAAGGUGGCGAGGAGAGUGACUGA